AUGGCCAAAAGAAAAAUCCCAAUCGAUGAAAUAGAAGCUUAUGAAGAGGAAGAUAUUGAAUACCAAGAAGAAGACGAGCCACCAGCAACACAACUGAGAAAGAGAUCCAGAAAAUCAGAUGUAAAUGAUGAUAUUGAUUUAUUAACUCAACGAAACAAUAAUAAUCAAUUACAUUCAGAAAGUGAUAAAUUGGAUGAUAUAAACAAAGUUGUAAAAUUAUUAUUAUUAAAAGAUGUUAAAGGGAAAACCUUUAGAAAGGAAAAUAUCAAUCAAACUCUAACAAACAAAAGAUUUAAAUCUGAUCACUUAUUACAGGGAGCUAUUAAAAUAUUGGAAGAUGUAUAUGGUCUAACAUUGGUCAAUAUUCCCGAGGUAAAACAAGAGAAAUCCGGUUCUGGAUUGCAGAAUAAUAGAGCAAAAAAGUCAAACUCAGGAACAGCUCAAGCAUCACAAGUACUUGUAAAUAAUUUAUCAAUAGAAGGAAAACAAGUAUUGGGAGAAUUAUGGCAAAAAAAUGUUGAAUCAGUGUUAGAUAAAUCUAGAACAAACGAUAACAGGUUCUUUUUACCUUCGAAAUCAUCCACAUUAUUACCUAAGUCCAAUUUUGAACUAGUUAAAACUGGUAUUAUGAUGCUUUUCAUAACGUUUAUAAUUUUGGAAGAUAAUCAUUUAUCUGAAUCUCAAUUAGUUAAAAAUUGUAAAAAAUUUGGUAUAUCCAAUUCAAUCAAUAAUAGAAAUUCAAACUUAAAUAUGAAUCUUGAUGAAAUUAUAAAAAUGUUAAUUAACCAAAAAUAUAUUGCGAAAGUAAGUUUAUCACAAGACAGAAAUAAUGAAAGAGCUAGCAUUAACGAAGAUCAAUUAUUUGAAUAUUCUUUGGGUGCAAGAAGUCUAGUUGAGUUCACUCCUAUUGAUGUAUUUCAAUACAUCAAAACCAUCUAUGCCGACAAAUUUAAUGAAGCAAUUCAAGAAAGAUGCUUAGUUACACUUCGAAACACCUUUGGUGUAGAGGAAAACUUGCUUGAUGGAAAUUCUGGAAAUGAACCUGGCAAUGAAAUAGCUGAUGAUGCUCAACUAAAUGGUACUUAA